AUGAGCGAGCACCCAGAUGCACCCCAUGUUUCCGUCGCAACGAUUAACGCGGCGGUUCAUGGUGGUGCCGCCCCCGCCACUGAUAACGGCGGGAGGCUCACUGGUCCCUGCGCUGUCAGGGCCCUGGCCCUGGUCGAUGAAGCCAUUGGGUCGGACGCAUCCGCGCGCAUCGCCGCCGAUAUUUUGGCGAUCGCGCAGGGUGUGACCAACACCCAAGCCGACCUCGAUAUUCUGAGGAACGGCGUCUCGGACAUCACUGAAGCACUUGAAAACAAGAUCCGAGACAUGUGGGAGCUUCUUCAGGCCGAGUUGAAGAAGGAGCGUGAACUAUACACGAUCCUUCAGGACUCUUUCCGCGAAAGGCGGAUUUCUGACCAUGAAACGCUUGAAGAGCAUUUUGCGAGGCUCAACUCGAUGGUCAACGAUCGAUUCAUUGAGUUCGAUGAGCGGAUCCACCGAUUUAAUGAGAAGCGUGCUGGAUCGAUAUCCAUGCAGCUUGCUGACACGAUCCGCCACAUCAAGCAUUACCCGGAUGCGCUGCAACAAAUCCAGAUCAAUAUCUCAAAUGCUGAGGCGCGCAUCGCUGCGGUCGAGCAGAAUGCUACUCACCGUAUUGAGGUCAUUAGAUCCGAGAUGAGCCGUGCUCUCUACGAUCAUAAGGAGAGUAAUCGAGUUCUCAUCGAUCAGCUUACCGCUCGCAUUCAGCAUCUUGAGAGCGCUCAAUUCCGCAGGGGUGGUUCUGACAUGUCGACGCCUUCGCGCCCGGAACGGGCGCAAUUCUUCGAUAUCAGUGACCACGAUGGGGAUAUCUCACGCCCCGCGGAUCUGCCACCAGUUCCUGGUGCUCUAUUCCCUGGCGGACAGACUACUGCCACCCCGAGAUCUUCACUGUUAGGUCCGAUUGAUCAUGGCUCUCCGCCGGGAUGCAAUGCUGCACCUGCUGAAAAGGCCUCAACGGUGCACUCUCAGACGAGUGGCAUCAAUCUUGAUGAGAUCUUGAGGCGAGCGCAGCAACGAGUCGCUGACGAACAUCUUGGCGAAAGUCGCGAGCAAAACAAUCCUGUUGAGCCCGUUCGGCAAAAUUAUGGCCAAACGUCAGCCUCUUUUUCGGGAACAUCGCCGGAUCCGGCCGUUCCUCCCGCAGAUGCCGCUGGAGCGAUUCCCGGUCAGGCUCCGAGCCUCAGGCCGAAUCCAGUCGACGAUGCUCUUCGCACUGACGUUCGGCCCAUUCCUGAAGCUCGAAGCUUCGCUCCUGAGCCCAGGGACCAUCGAGAUGGUACAAUGCAGAUUCUCCACAGUGAAACUGGCACUUUCACGUUGGCACCGCACACUACCGUCACAACAACACUUCGACCUACCGCAACGAUUGAUGCCAUGCCCCCGAUGCCCACCUUCGAGGCCAGAACGUCUGUUCCGGCUCCGACUGCUGCGCCCUCCGCAACGGCCCCAACGAUAACGGGGGUGCGUAUGGCGGCGGUUUUGGUGGCCAUGGCCAUCAAGGGUCCGGCUUCGGACCUGGUGGCGGUGGUGGUCCAUCUGGCGGGCCUCCCGGCGGUCCGCCGGGUGACGGUGGCCCUCCUGGUGGGAGUGGUCCGCCCGACGGUGGCCUUGAUCCGCCGAGCAUCCGGCCCACUGGGCGACCGAGUGGGAGCGAUACGUUCCAGUGCGAGCGCUGCACUGGAACUUUCCCAACCACGGUGCGACGGCUAUGCAUUUCCUGCCGAUUCUCAUGCUGCAACGGAUGUUGCCGCGACCCGCGGAUCCAAGGGUGACGGAUCUUUGAGCGAUGCGAAGAAGGCAAAAUGCAAAUCCUUCCGACUCGAUCCCGAACCCGAGCCAGCUCAGUUGCGGCGAUGGAUCGUCGACAUGAAAGAGCGAGUUGCUAACGCUUUUGCGUACGAUCCAGCCUACGCACUCUCUUGGGUCGAGAUUCCCGAUGGCGCUCGAUACGAGGACUUCCUUGAGGAAUGCAAGUACGUAAGUACGGAAUGCUCGAGAACGAGUGCAAUUCGGCAGAUCUUGUGGCUGUUGUACGACUUUCUCCGACCGCAUGUUACUGGCGAUUCGACUUUCAAGCUCGUCGACGUUGUGAAGACCACGAUUGACCGGUUUACACAUGGGACCGAGCAGGAAAGGCUGGAAGCCUUUACUAAUCGGUGGGAUCACGUUCUUGCCGGAAUUUCCGUCGAUCGCCCGGAAGACCCCUUUCUCUGUGCCCUCUUUUACGAGCAAGUUCGAGAGUUUCGAUGCCUCGAACUCGAUAUGCAGCUGUGGGACAGAGAUGUGUCCGUGCGCAACUACGCAUACCUGCGAACUGUCUGCAUCAAUGCGAUUACAACCUGGCGCAGGAGGCGCAAUCAAGAGAAGAUGUACACUGCCACGCGCUCUUCAUCUGCACAGAGACGAUACGCUGCGUUCGUCGCCCAGACGAUCCUCACCGAGACGUGGCUCGCCGAGGCGGUACUCUCGCAGCCCCGGAAGAGCUGCCCCUGCGCCAACGCGCCGGUCGCCAUCACGAUCCCCUCGAGGGCAAUGACAGCAUCCUCCUAUGGAGACUUUGCGUUCGCUUGUGCUGCAUCGUUCGAUAUGGCAUGUCCGUCACUCAAGUGGAAGACAGUAUCAUUUGGGAAUACUGAGACCCGCGUGAUUGAGUCUUCUUUCCCGGAGCCAGUCUUCGGCCCUGUCAAUCGCGAGAGGAAUUUGAACUAUUCGUGGCCGGAAGAUAUCCGUGGUCUGAAUAGUGCUCGCGAGAAGCGUAGGGCUCAUAUGAAGGCUGUGCUUUGGCGAGAGCAGGUUUUGCUCGAUGACGUUGAUGCCAAAACGCUGGGCAAUGAUGCUUGUGUCCUAGAGCUCACGCUUUCGAAGCGGAGCGCCUGCGAAGUCUUUGCUGCUGCUGUCAAGUCUGUCAAGAGGGUACGGAGACUCAUGCUUGACUCCGGUUGCGGUGUGGACCUUAUCGGUCUAGGUGACUUGUCCCGUGAGGUCGAUGUCAUCAAUAACAUUCCAUACCUCGCUCCGAGUGAAACCGAGGUUGUGGCUGGUCGACCUGAUCUCCCGCGUGUUUACCCGGCUCUCCCAGCGCCCAUUAUUGUUCACGAAAAGGUUGCCGCAGCUGGUGAGGAGCCUGCCGACGAGCUAGACGACAUUGGAGAGCUCGAUCGUGAUAUGCCUGGCGUCAAGGGUGCCGAUAAGAAUACACCUGACGACGCCAAGCGGGGCCAUGGAAAGCCUAAGCCUCAGUCGCCGCCCGAUGAACCUAGAGCGCGCGACUUGAAGGAAGAGGCGAAGUCCAUCCGUCACCUCAUGACCCAUCUGCCCAAGAAUACCGCUGCGAUGCCUGCCAACGACACUAUGGUGUUGCACGGGCUUGGCAAUCGCGGGAAUAAUGGGGAGACGGAUGCUGUUGUUUUCUAUGACUUAGCCACCGAAUGGCUGGAGAGUGUUCCCGUCAAGGGAAGAACGAAUGCCGAUACGCUGCGAGCGUUCCAACAGGUCUUUGGUGAUCUUAAAGAUGUGAACUCGUUCUCCAUGGAUGUGGAAAGAAGGUAUGCGCCUUCGGAAGUCCGGGAGAUUUACUGCGACAAAGCUCGCGAGUUCAUUUCGACCUGUAAGAAAGUCGGCAUCUCAGUGAAGCAUUCCACACCUGGGAUGCCUCGAACCGACGCCAUUGCCGAAAGUAAGGUGAAGCUUGUCCUUCAUGGCGCGCGAGUAGCGCUAAGACAAGCAGGUUUGAGCGCCAAGUUUUGGCCGUACGCGUGUAAGCACUUCUGCCAUGCUCGCAAUAUUGAAAUGCGCGAGGGUCAGAGUGCUUAUACGCAACGGUUCAAUGGGGCCGAAUUUGACGGUCAGAUUCUUCCGUUCGGGUGCCUUGUUGACUUCUAUCCCACGCCGGCGCGAAAACAGACCCGGCGGAGCCAGAGGGAUGAAGUCGUACUCGGCGAUGGUGAAGAGUGUGCAGUUCCUGCGCCUGGAGCUGAUGGGCUGAUCGAUGUCGAGGGCACAGAUGUUGAUCAGCGACCAUCGUCUUACCAACGCCCCAGCAAAUUCUCUCCCACGAGUAAGCCUGGUAUCUUUCGCGGAUACCACUUCGAAAACGGGGGCAAGUGGGACGGCGAUUACAUUGUCACGGACCUUGAAGAUUUCAAGCGCGAUGCAUUGCGUGCGAGCGUCCAUCAGGUCAAGACAGUUUAUUGCUCACCCAAAGAGCGAUGGACGUUCCCAAUGCUGGCGGUAUACGAUAAACAAACCCGCUCAGUAUGCGUCAAUGAUCCUGCGAUGCUGUCUACCGUGCCAAAGCCGAGUGAGCGCCUGGACGCCUCUGAUAUGCUCGAACUCGAAGAUAACGAUGAAAUCUUUGCCCUCGACGAGCCGACACGAAUGACCGAUGAUGAUAUACGACAAGCUCGCGAGGCCGAGUUGCGAGCCGAAUCCUCUCACGGAGGAGUUGUCGAUUACUGGGAAUAUGAUCCAUCGAUGCAUAAAUGGACGUAUCACGUCGUGGUGCCGAGAAAGGCGAUGGUCCAUCCCAGCAAGACUCCCGGAUCCAUUGGCGAGUCGCCUGAUCCGUGGAAGCUGAGCACGGUACGCAUAUCGCACGUUCAGUACAAGGAUAAAAGUCCGGUGACGAUAUACGAAACCGGGUACGCCUUCGGCAAGACGAGACUUAUGCAGCUCUGGACCGGCACUGUUGAGUUCUUCGAUGACGGCUUUGCCCCACCCAAGAAGAAGUUGCCUCCAUACCAUGGAUCUGCGAUCCUGGAGGGCGAGGGGAGUUUGCCAUAUCGUGAAAGCGUGUGUUGCACCCGGCGGCCAUGCUUGAUCUCAGGGCACAGAUUCGGUAUUUGGUUUCAGAAUGACGGAACUGGGGUGCCGCUCGCCUUUUGGGCGUCUGCUCUUGAGAUUCAACACUGCCCUCCUCCACCCCCUUUGCUCGACGGUUUGCCCGCAGGUAUGCCACCAAUUCGAACCGUCCCGUGCGUCGUGCUGGACUGUGCCCGGUGCGCCCAGAACCGGCGAGGGUUUCAGAUGCCAUUUGUGGGUACAUUCACACAUGCAGCCGCCAUUGUCCGUCCAGGGAGAGACCCGGCUCAAGCGUGGAGUGAUUGCCAUACGGACCGCUCAUAUUUGUCGGAGGCCGACAUCACGGCCCUCCACUCCGGACUUUGGCCUACGGACCUGCUGCCAAACCACCUUCAUGCGCUUCUGGCAAGGGUGGCGGAGCAGACCCACCCUCGAGCGGUCACCUGGGCGGAACUUUGGGUUAUCUUCCGGCGGUGGCAAGCUGGAAACCGGGUCUGGAUCGAGCCUGGUCGUGGGGUGCCGUCUUGGGAGGCCGGCCGGGAGGACCCUCGAGCCCGAGCACUGGCUGUGGCUGGGGGCCGUUUGUUUUGGGCCAGGCCUGCUUCCUUCGGCGUGCCACAGCUGCGGGGCCCGUACAGGUUUCAGGUGCCGGAGCGCCGCCGACGCGGCGGCUUGCGGAGACUGCCUGGGCCGUUGCAUCCGGUGUUCCUGAGUCUGCGGAGGUCCGGCGGGAGCGACCCGCCGUUUAUUAUUUUGGGCCUCGGCCAGCGGCUGCGGAGUCAACCGCUGGCUGGCUGGCGACCCCCAAACCCGGAGAAGGAGCUGCAUUCGGGCUUCGUUCGGCGGUGGCGACCCGCCUGGUCUUGA